AUGUUCUCAUACACAUCGCGCUCCUUGAUUGGAGUGAGCAAGCACCUGAGGGUGCCUGUGCCAUUCCGCUCUCUAUCAUCCCCAACCCAGCCAACUCCGCCGGAGCAAGAGAAGACAUCCGCCCAAGACCCAACAUCGACACCUACACCAGUCGCUCCUGUAGAAGCUGCCCCUGUGGCUCCUACUCCUGCUGCUACUCCUGCUGCUACCUCCGCUGCUACCGCCCCUGCGUCGACUAUUCCAGUAGCAUCAACGGAGGCCGAGCAGAUCACCAAGCCUAGCGUUAAGGAAUGGGCUGAACGGUUAGGAGCAUUCGACGAGGAGAACCGACUUCCACGAAGCGUGCAAGCCAUAUACCUACGUCCUUUGCGGAGAAAAGCAGAAUACGGCCUUCCUGUCUGCGACCUUCAAUUGCGAUCAUACAGCGUCCGUAAUGUGGAGUUCUUCGCUGACUUCGCCAUCCGUGCCGCUUACUACCUCAACCUCCCCGUGUCCGGGCCUGUGCCUCUCCCCCGCAUCGUUGAACGCUGGACCGUCCCCCGAAGCAACUUCGUGCACAAGAAGAGCCAGGAGAACUUUGAACGUAUCACCCUCCGUCGACUGGUUCAGAUCAAGGAUGGAAACCCGCAAGCGGUGCAGGCGUGGCUUGCAUUCCUUCGGAAGCACGCGUUUUACGGAGUUGGCAUGAAGGCAAAUAUCUGGGAACACGAUAGUCUCGAUGCUGGUAAGGCUAUGGAUGCUUCUGUCGCCGAGGUGGAAGAGGCCCUUCGCCCUGAGCUUGCGCAAUUCGGUCAACGGAAGGACAAUUCGGCUCCGGGCACUAUAUUCGAUACUUUGAACAGUGAGCGAUUCGGAGAGCGCAAGGGUCUAUAG